GUCAGGUUGCGCGCUCGCGACUGGCGCUCGCGACACUAGCUUCCUCCAAACUCACAGCGGGAGAGAGGUACAGUCUGAGCAAGAACCAGGAAGUGAAAGCGCACGCAUGGAGGGUGUGUCUGCCUCCGCCACCGUAUGUCUUGUUUUUUAGAACUCCGUCCUCCGCGGUCUGAUUAAUGGGGGACUUGGCGAAGACCCGGCGGCGGGAGCAGCUGAAGCGCUGGGCCGGUUCGAGCACCGACAAAUCGUCGGACGUGCCCAGGAGGAGAUGGCGAGGAGAUGCCGUGGACGGAAUAAGGGAGCCCGAGGCCGUGCCUCCAGAGUCUGGGGUCAGAGAUGAAAGCAGCCCCAUCCUCAGCCGAAGGAAACGGGUGAGGUUUGACAGGGCGGCUGAAUUCCUGGCUACAUGUGCAAGUGGGGACACGGAGGAGGCCAAAAUGAUGCUGGAGGAGGCCAAGCAGAUGGUGAACGAGGACGGCGUGGCAGACCUCAUAAACUGCUCCAACGCUGACGGCAUCACUGCUCUUCAUCAGGCCUGCAUCGACGGCAGCUUGGAAAUUGUCGUGUUCCUCUUGGAUCACGGUGCCAAAGUGAACCAGGUUGACAGCGAGGGAUGGACGGCGUUGCACGCCGCUUCCUCCUGCGGCCACCCCGACAUAGCAGAAUACCUUUUGCAGAAAGGAGCAAGUCUUUCUGCUGUGAAUUGUGACGGCGAAGUUCCGCUGGACCUGGCGAUUGAUGAAACCACAGAGUCGCUCCUUCAGCGUUACAGCCAGAAGAUGGGUGUGGACUUGGAGGCAGCUAAACGGCUGGAGGAGGAGCAAAUCAUGAAAGACGCACGGGUGUGGCUGGUGGACGGCCCCCCUGACAACGUUCAUCAUCCAAGAACAGGGGCCACCCCGCUGCAUGUGGCGGCCGCCAAAGGCUACAUAGAAGCUCUGAAGAUCCUGUGUCAGUGCGGGCUGGACGUGUCUGCUACAGACCAUGACGGCUGGACGCCUCUCCACGCUGCCGCUCACUGGGGUCAGGAGGAAGCGUGCCGCAUACUGGCUGAACAGCUCUGCAACAUGCAGGCUCGCAGCAAUGCGGGUCUGACACCGUUUGAAGUGGCAGAUGAAAGUGUGGAGGGGCUCCUGGAGGAGUUGUCACAGAAACAAGACAACUGGCGGAAUGAACAGUCCAAACUAGACAGGCAGAACCAACAAGGCACUCUUGCACAAAACAAGAAGAGGAGGAGUUCAGUGUGCAGGAUGAGCAGCAAAGACAAGCUGAGCGUGCAGGACCAGUCCAAAGAGAGGGGCGUCUCGGGGAGCCUGAGCGAGGAGAAGGAGAGCAGUCCGGAGAGCUCCACUGUUUCCAGUCCAGACUCGGAGAGUGUGGCCACAGCCAGUCCUGCUGAGAAGGUUCAGACACCAGAGGAGAAAGACGAGAAGGAGGAGAAGGAGCAGGACAAGGCGAGCCGCACCGCCAGAGUCCAGCCAACUCCCCAGGCGAGGGACGUCGCAGCCGAGUCGCCCAACGCCGACAAGAAACAACUGCAACCCAAACAGUUCCAGGCUCCAGUUAGAGACGAAGAGUCUGAGUCUCAGAGGAAAGCUCGCUCCAGACUAAUGCGGCAGUCUCGCCGCUCCACUCAGGGUGUGACUCUGACUGAUCUGAAGGAGGCAGAGAAGAACGUGGGUAAAGCUGUGGACUCCCCACCUCGCAACGUCCAAUCUGUGAGCCCCAUCGUCACCGUCACGCCCGCCGAAAGAGACACCGACCCGUUGAAGCAGGUGGAGACGGACAGCAACAAGCACCUGGCAGAGAGGGACAGGAGGCGAAUCAGGAGGGAAAGACGCUCCACCGGGGUGGUGAAGCUGGAGGAAAGCGACGGCAGUCAGCUGGAGAAUGAAAACAGCACUUCAGGGGGGAGUCAACUGGAAGAUUUGUCUGCAGACUAUAAAAAGCUGUACAUCAACACGCUGCAGGAGAACUACACGCUGAAGGAAAAGCUGCAGGAGAUGGAGCUGCUGCUCAGCCAGAACAAAGUGGAGCUGGAGCGGCUCCGACAGAGUCAGGAAAGCGCUGCAGACAGGCCGGCUCUGCUGGAGCUGGAGAGAUUCGAAAAGUUGGCCCUCCAGAGGAAAGCCGUGGAAAUGGAGGAUGAGCUGAAGGUGAUGGGAGACCUCAAAGCGGACAACCAGAGGCUAAAGGACGAAAACGCCGCACUUAUUCGAGUCAUCAGCAAACUCUCCAGAUGAGCCUGGAUAACCCUUGAGAUUCAAAGUAUUACAGGAUGGAUCUGUUGCCCAAAAACUUAACAUGCUAGUGGAUCAAUGUGCAGAUUUCAGGGUCAUUCUUUGCCUGAGUUUGGGCUUUAGAUGUUUUGGCAGGUCUACUGUACACCAAGCUGAACUGUAUGGAGGACCAGCGGGACAGUCCUGCUCACAUCCAAUUUUAUAUUAAGUUUUAUUUUUUAACUGGAAUAUUUUAAUGGGCUUUGCUUCCGUGAUUCUUUGUAUAAAACAUGUAUGAAGACACUGGAAGCCGUGCACAGUGAGGGCUCUCUGUUUUUUGUUUUUCUGACCGGUUGGAGGAAAAGCAGGGAAAGACAUUUAGCCGUGUGGCUGAACACACACAGGAAACAACUCCAAUGUGCCAAAAGUGGAAAAGAGAAAAACCGUUUUGCACGCAUUUUGAUAAACUCACAGUGGUCAGUGUUGUGGAAGUGCAGCGGGCCCUGCAGCUCAGUCGGUUGUUGCAUUAUGGGUACCACUUGUGCUCUGAGUAGAUUUUUUUUUAUCAUUGUUACGAAUGAGAUCUCGCUCUUGCUCAACCUUUGGUAGUGAGUUUGUGUGUUAGUUUUUCAAUUGACCCUGUGGACUGGAUGAAAGCAGCGACCUCUGACCAAAGUAUCCCCCCUCCCCCCCUUAAGCCGAUGUGCAUCAGAUGGGUCGCUUGUAAAUGUUUACUUCAUUGUGAGAAAGAAAAUGCAUGUCGACUUACAUUUUUGUGCCUUUUGGAAACUUGUAAUAUUUCUAUUUUGCUUUUGGCGAUGUACUGUUGCGUAUGAAAUACAAACUUGGGUGAAACUGA